UGCUAUGCUGGGCUCACGGCCCUGUCCUCCCCUCGCUGUCCUGCUUGCUGAGUGGAGAUGGGGGCGCCGCCGCCGUCGAUUUGUGCCCUCUCCUUCCUCCUCUCGCUGUCCUGCUUGCUGAGCAGCGGAGAUGGGGAGCCGGCCCCGUCGAUCUGUCUUUUCCUCCCCUCCCGGCGCCGGCGACCCCGUAAUUUCUGCUAGUGUAGCUACCUAUGUGUUUCUGCUCUGUAAUUUCUGAUGGAACUCUUGAUUAUGCAAGGGGUUGGAAGGCAGUAAUGGAUUCUUCCUAAUACUCUCUGCGCCGUCAUGGGCUCAUGGCUACGCGAUUUGCAGGCAGACCACCAGGUCCUCUGCUGCGGCACCAUAUCUCUGACCCGCCCCUCCUCUUCUACGAUGUCAUGUCUCCCAGCGUCUUCCUCCAAAAGACACAAGUGGCCACUUGAUCCAUAGUAACCCAUGGAGUUCUUCUGUGUUGAUGCAAAGUACUGCUAUUUCUUUCUCGGUUGAGCUUUCAAUUUUAUUCCUUCUGUGUGUGUUGAUGCAAAAUAAUGUGUCCUUGAGUCAGUUUAGUUUCAUCUACAUGCUCUAUCCUUAUAUGUUGCUGUAGUCUUUAGAUAAGGUAUGUUUUUUCAUAUUGGUCACGUAUGUAUCCCCCAUUAACGUAGUUUUGCAGUCUAGGUAUAAUAAUUUCAUUCUACUCAAUGAAUUUUCUGCCAUACUACAUGUGCUAGGGAAUACAGCACCGUCAUUUUUGGAUGGAUGAUACAAGAGCUGCAUGGCCGGGCAUUACGAGGAUUGUAGACCAAACAUACCUAUACUGUGUAUAUAGUUUAGCAUUGUCCCUUGAUUACAUUUAUGAGUAGAGGCCUGCAUACCAUUAGUACAGACUGCAUGCUAGCUCAUACAUUCCAAAGUUCUAUCAAAAUGCCCAAGUUUAUGUAUAUUUUGUUUAUUCUAUCAGUUUCCUUCAUACAAAAUCACUUUUAACAAGAGAAAUCAGAAGGAGGUUUACUGAUCGAUUACGCCAUAUUGAUUGAUCAUAUGUAGUUAUGUACUUGACAAGGAAAAACAAAAAUAGAAGGACACAUAGGAACAAUAUUAAUUUUCAGAACUAUCUGUCCUAUUGGAAUCAACAAAAUCAUUUGUAUAUGUCAAGGAAAAAUAAAAAUAGGACACAUGAAUAUAGUAUUUUCCGAGCUAGAUGUUGUGCUGAAAUAAUCACAAAAAAUGCAAACACUCCUUGCUUUACAUUGUAUUCAUUACCUACUUGAGCAUUGGCCAUCAAAAAUAUAAUGAGGUGGCUUUCAUCUUCCCAAGGGUAGUGGUAAUUUACAAUUUUUUGUUUUAGUCGGCUCAAGGACCACUGAGGAUCUGAACUAAUUGAAGUUAUAAACUCCAUGAAAAAGAUUUAGGUAAAGCGAUCAGGUGUGUUGACACCUGAAAGGUUUUUUCUCCCUUCCAGUAGUUCCAUGUUAAUUUAUCAUAUAUGUUGCUUUAUACCAGCCAAUGUAUAUCGUGGGAGUGUUCAUGUUUCACAUUUUAGAACAGUUGGUAGAACUAAUGCAUUUUUUAUGCCUUUGUAAUUUGAGUCAGAUAUGGUCAUUGGCUAGGAGGUGAUUUUUUUACCUUUGUAGAUGAUGUUGUUACCUUUGUGCAAUUUUCCUGCUGCCAGUCACCAUUUCGAGCCAUUACCGUGACAUUCGCAUUUUCCCAUUCCCAUAAUUGUCAAAUGAUACACAGAUUUUUCAGUUGCUUAUUGUGUUCUUUUUAAUCUACAAUGUUUAAAAGGUAACCUAUCCUAUCUGGAGCAGCGUUGGAGUUUCCUCAGGCCAUCUCAAUCCUCCAUAGCAUGUAGUUGCAGGCCUGAUCCCGUGUUGCCCUUCAUCUUUUAUUUGUUCUGUAACUAACUAUAUCUAUUAUCUUCAGAUUUGUUGCAUUUGGGUAAAUCAUGAUUGAUCCUUUUCUCUAUCUUGGACUGGUAAUUUUCUUUGUUCGAUUGCAGUCUCAAUUAAUGUUCAAACUUUCUAUGUUUCCCUAAAAAAAGUUCUGUUGUAUCAAGCAGUUUUCCCUAAUCUAAUCUUGAUUGAAUGAACCGUUCCUGCAGAAAUCAAUGUAAUCGAUAACAGUGGCUUCAUUUUCAGUACCAAAUCUUCGCUUAUAAGUUUGUUUCUAGUAUCCUCCCUACCAUCUAAUUCAUUUGUUCUCUACUUCUCUAUUUCUGUUACUCCCUCCGAUCCAUAGUAGUUGUCGAAAUAUUACAUGUAUCUAGUCGCUUUUUAGGCAUAGAUACAUCCAUAUUUGGACAAAUUUGAGACAAUUGAUAUGUAUCGGAGGGAGUACCUUACUAUUGGCGCAUCUACCAAUCUAGUGAUGCUGCCGCCUCAGCUCUGAGAUUUUCUUAUUUGAAACUUCUUUUCUUAUAGUAGGCAUUAUAUAUUGUUCUAUUACAUAUUCAUAAUUGAUGCAGAUUAUGCAUGAGGUUGGAUGCGUGAGAUGAACCAAUUUUCCAACGAAAAGGUGGACCAAGGUUUUGAUGACGCCCUUGCAUUUGCCAGGGCCACUUUCCUAGUUCAACAAUACUGGUGCAUCUCCUUUUCUCAGAUUAAAAAGCAAGGAACUGGGAAUUGGAAGGCCAUAUACAUAUACAUAUACAUUCAGAAUGAGAGUGUUGCAAACUUGCAGCUAGACAAUGUCUCUGCUGGGUCAACUGAAUGGCAGGAGCAGCUGAAAAGUUUCUGGGAAAGAUUUGACAACUAUUGCAGAAAUGCUAAUCAACUGGAUGUUAAAAAGCGUGUUAUUCCUUGCCAAGAUGGUCGAAAUGAAAUCGACCAGGAAAGUUUACACAAAAUACAGAACAAAGAAGAGACGCCUCAGCUCUGAUAAAAUGAAAGACAGGUCUAGCAUAGAGGGAUUUAUUAUUAAAAAUCCUGCUGGUGCGCUCCUUCCAGACUGACCAUAAAGAUAGGAUGUACAUCAACGUCUCAGUUGAACCGGUCGGCCAGCUUGCUGGAAGAAAAACCUGGGAGCCAGCCCAAGUGGCAAAAUGGCCAAACAAGGCAGGCAAAGGCACAAUUGAUGAGAAGGUAAAUGCUGAUUCCUAAACAAUAUGAUAGAAAGGGCACCACUUGCCGUUGUCAAUACCCUUCUUGGACAUAAUAUCUGACGUUGGAAGCCGAUCUUGAACAAAAAGCCAAGCGAAAAACUUGCAUUUCUCAGGACCCCAGCAACUCCAAAUAAGCUUCAUGAAUGGUUUCCUAAUUGAACCUUCAAGUGUGCCAGAUAAGCUGACUUGGCAAAGUAGCUGCUGCUGGCCAUGAGCUUCCAUGAAAUAGAAUCAGGAACUUCAGGCAGAAGGGAAAUACUGCAAACCCCGGUGAAGAUCUGGACGAAUUGGGUGAGAGACUCGUUGAAAAUGAUACCUAAAUCCGCAAUCCACUUAUAGUCUAACAGUGCUUGCAUGAGAACUCUGUUUUUCCGGGAUGACAUAGUGAAGAGUGCCGGAGCCACGUCCACUCUGACCAUGCAGCCAGGCAUCCUUCCAGAAAAGCAUCAAUGGCAUGGAAGCGGUCGAUCAGGCUUUUUUAUGUUUGUUGCCCAAGAAGCAGGACGCUCUUAGGAUAAAAAAUUCGGACCAAUCAGUUUAAGUCAUGCCAUGGGGAAGUUGAUUGCUUAAGUCCUUGCUAAUCGGUCGGCAACUCGUCUGCCUGAGAUCAUUGGUCCGCACCAAAGCGCUUUCAUCAAGGGGCGAUGUUUGCACUAUAAUUUUGUGCUGGUUCAAAACUCUGCUAGGGGGUUGCAUCCGGCGAACAGGGCUUCUGUCAUGCUCAAAUUGGAUAUCACAAAGGCCUUUGAUUCACUACACUGGCCUUUUCUGUUCGACGUGCUCCUCAAGAGGGGUUUCGCUAGGCGUUGGAUGUCUUGGGUGGGUGGCCUGCUGGGCACGGCCUCCCAGAGGAGACGAUACACUGGCGGGGCCUUCGUCAAGUAGACCCUCUGUCCCCGAUGCUGUUUGUUCUUGCUAUGGAUGUGUUCAACUCCCUGCUAGUCUGUGCUACUGAAGAUGGUAUUCUCUCUGACUGGUUUGCGGCAUCACACAUUAAUCUUUGUGGACAACGUGGUUACUUUCAUUGCUCUGACAGAGGGGUGACAUUUCUGCUUGUGCUGCCCUUUUGCAUGACUUCGGUGUGGCCUCGGGCCUUGUUGCUAAUCUUGCCAAGUAAUUUCUCUGAUGAUCAGUAGGAGAUCCUUGCCAGCGAAUUGCAAUGCCAAAGUGCUGGCUUCCCAAUUUCCCAUGUACUUAUUUGGGUUUACUGCUUGGUGUUCGCAAAUCAUUGGUGGCUCAGUUUCAGGUCCAGGUGGACAAGGUUGGGCAGAAACUAGUAAGUUGGCGCGCUCCUAUGCUUACUAACGGGGGUAGACUGACUGCUGUCAAAUUGACAUUGUGUGCUAUUCCAGUUUAUGCCAUGCUGUCUCUGGACAUCCCAGUCAAGGUUAUCGCCAACAUUGACAGUCUGUCGUGGGUUUCUUUGGAAAGGAAUAAAAUAUGUUGGAGGUGGUCAUUGUCUUGUGGCUUGGCAGGAUCUUUGCACUCCCCGAAGGAUUGGUGGUCUUGGCUCCAGCACACUGAGCCAUGGAGGCCAUGGCAAGAUCUCAGUUUACAACUGCCAAAGCUGUCUUCUGUGAUUUUUGAGGCGGCCACUAAUGCUUCGAUUAAGAAUAGUCAUAAUACUCUGUUUUGGUUGGAUCCAUACCAGAAUCAAAGAGCUUGGUCCUAACAUCAUGAAUGCUGUUCCUAGGGGUGACUUGACAAUUUCAGUGGCGGAUGGAUCGGAUAAUCAUCAAUGGGCGAGAAAUCUAACCUGAACAUUAUAGCUGACAACUUCACUGAAUACUUACAGCUGUGGGAUCGGGUUGAGCAGGUUACACUAUAGGAUGGUGAUGAUACUUUCAGAUGGAACUGGUCCACCUCAGGUUGUUCACUCCUAAAUCUGCUUAUGUGGCUUUCUUUGAGGGAAGAGCAUCUGCCUGGACAUGAUCUCAUCUGGAGUUCCAAAGCCCCCAACAAGUGCAAGAUUUUCAUGUAUAUUGGUCUGCCGAAACCGUUGCUGGACUGCGGAUAGACUGCAACAUAGGUGUCUGGAUGACCCUGCUGCUUAUCCCCUCUGCUCACAAGAACCUGAGACCAUCAAUCAUCUUCUGCUAGGUUGUGUUUUUGCGCGUGAGGAUUGGUUCCUAAUCCUAUCUGUCUGGGAUAGAGUUUCCUGGAUGCCAUCGACAGAUUCAAAAAUUCAGGAUUGGUGGUCCUCUCUAGCGGUGGAUAGCAAGGAAAGAAGGGAUUCACAACAAGCUCAACUCUUAUCUUCUGUACACUUUGGAGGCACAGAAAUAAGGUGGUUUCGAUGGAAUCCGCCCUAGCACGUCGGUCUUACUAUCUGAGUUUGGGAUCAAGAUGAAGAAAUGGUGCCGUGCUAAGCUCCUGCGGGAAGGGGUUUUUGGUAGGGCUCCAGGUAGUGGUAUUCAGUAUUUCAGUGGAGAGAUACUGGCUAGUUUGUAACUGAAUUUUGUUGUUAUUGCUGCUCUGCAGCUUCUUCUAUAAACGAUGGUAAGUUUAGAAGAAAAAAAAGAUGGGCAGAAAA